AUGUCACAUGGUGGCCUGUUGCCAUGCCAGCUGUCAGAGGUGCCCCUUGGUGGGCACGUCCCUCCCCCCCCGCCCCGGUCUGGACCCGUCAGUUCUCACCUGCAGCAGCUCCUGGCCCUGGCACAUGCCUUGCCCUUCCCGCCUGCCGGCAUCCCGUGGGAGGCUGCAGGGAUCCGGGUCCUGGCCUCUCAUGACGCCGUGUCAUGGGGCUGGCUGGCCUGGUGCCCCCGCCUGCGCACCCUCCUCCUGGACCUGCUCCUCAUCUACAUCUCCGUGCCUUUCCUCAUCCGCCUCUUCCCGGUCUUGCUCACCAAAUUCGUCUUCCUGAAUUUCUUGGCCUUCCCCUUCUUUGUGGACCUUCGGCGGCCGGAGCUGCUGCUGAACAACACCAUCAGCCUGUACCUCGCCACCGAGCCCAGGGUAACCCUGCUCUCCCCCCCCAGGCACACGGUGCCGGGCAGCAGGGGGGCCGAGGCAUGGGGCAAGGACCAGCGCUGGUACGAGGAGGCACUUGCGGACGCUCACCCUGUGAUCAUCUACCUGCAUGGCAACGGGGGGACCAGGGCUGCGAGCCACCGUGUCCAGUUCUUGAAGACGAUGGGGGCUGCUGACUUCCACAUCCUGGCUCUCGACUACAGAGCCAGUCCCUGGGCCGUGACGCUGCUGCCAGACCUGCCACGGGGAUGGACCGAGGGCUGGGAGCAGCUCCUUGGUGGAGGUACCUGCAAAGCAAAACCUCGUGUGCAAGGGGGGGGAGUGGGAGGGUGCUGUGCGCCUCACCGGGGCAUCAUCCCCCCUCCCCUCCACAUCUCUUCUUGCAGGAUUGCCACGAACGCGGCGAGGAAACUGCAGGAGGAGCGAGGGGUCCAGCUUGAUGCUGUCAUCCUGGAAUCACCCUACACCAACAUCCGUGAGGCGGCCGCCCACAUCCCCCUCACCAAGAUCUACCGCCAGUUCCCGGGAUUCGAGUACCUCAUCCUGGACUCGCUGGCUCUGGGCAACAUGUUCUUCCGCAGCAAUGAGAACGUGAAGGUGCUGACCUGCCCGCUCCUCAUCCUGCACGCAGAAGAUGAUGCUGUGCUGCCUCCGCACCUGGGCCGCGAGACCGCACGCAGCGCCUACAAGGACAAAACCAAGGUGAAGUUCAUUACCUUUCCCAAAAAGCUGGGUCUGGGCCAUGACUACAUCUCAUUCAACCCGGAGCUGCCUGCCCUGGUGAAAGACUUCUUGAACAUGAAGUGACGCCCGCAGCCACCACGAGCACUCCUUCCAGCCCACGCCGGGAACCUCU